UGCAGCGCUGCGUGCAGCCUGACACAUACACAGCCACGUUGGACUCUCAUUCAGCGGCUGGACCGGGAGGAUCAUCACCCACUCAACACUCAUUCACGAAAUGCAAGGCAUGCUGACUCGUCUGACCCGCCUGGGCUUGGCGGCCCCCACCCUGAGCCGUGCAGUGCAUUCUGGGACGCGGACGGCCUCUUCUGUGGCGUCCCGGGCGAAGCGUGCGGAGCGUCAGCUCACCUCAGAGGAAGUGUACGCUCGCGAGGAUCGAUACGGAGCGCACAACUACCACCCGCUGCCCGUGGCCCUGGAGAGAGGAGAGGGCAUCCACGUGUGGGACGUAGAGGGUCGUAGGUAUUAUGACUUCCUCAGUGCAUACAGCGCGGUUAACCAAGGCCACUGCCACCCCAAAAUCAUCGCCGCCCUGAACGCCCAGGCCUCCAAACUGACCCUCACCUCCAGAGCCUUCUACAACGACAUCCUGGGGGCCUACGAGGAGUACAUCACCAAUCUGUUUGGAUAUGACAAAGUCCUGCCCAUGAACACAGGUGUUGAAGGUGGAGAGACGGCCUGCAAGCUGGCACGAAAAUGGGCGUACAAUGUGAAGGGCGUUCCCAAAUAUCAGGCAAAGAUCAUCUUUGCAGAGGGAAAUUUCUGGGGCCGGACGAUGGCGGCCAUCUCCAGCUCCACUGACCCCAGCAGUUAUGACGGUUUUGGCCCAUUCAUGCCUGGAUUUGAGCUGGUUCCCUACAACGACAUCCCUGCCCUGGAGAAAGCCCUGCAGGAUCCUAAUGUGGCUGCGUUCAUGGUGGAGCCCAUCCAGGGUGAAGCAGGAGUGGUGGUUCCUGACCCAGGUUACCUGACCAAAGUCCGAGAGCUCUGCACCAAACACAACGUUCUGUUCAUUGCUGAUGAGGUGCAGACGGGUUUGGCUCGCACGGGCCGCAGACUGGCUGUGGACCACGAGGCUGUGCGGCCGGACCUGGUGGUUCUGGGAAAAGCUCUGUCUGGAGGAGUCUAUCCAGUGUCUGCAGUGCUCUGUGAUGACGAGGUGAUGCUGACAAUUAAACCAGGAGAGCAUGGCUCCACCUACGGAGGAAACCCUCUGGCCUGCAGAGUCGCCAUUGCGGCCCUAGAGGUUCUAGAGGAGGAGAGACUGGCAGAGAAUGCUGAGAAAAUGGGAAAUAUUCUGAGAGCAGAGCUCAACAAGCUGCCCAAAGAAAUAGUGACGACGGUGAGGGGGAAAGGUCUGCUGAACGCCGUCGUCAUCAGGGAGACUAAAGAUUACGACGCCUGGCGAGUGUGUUUGCGUCUCCGUGACAACGGACUCCUGGCCAAACCCACUCAUGGUGACAUCAUCAGACUGGCCCCGCCCCUCAUUAUCAACGAAGAUGAGAUCAGCGAGUGCGUUGACAUCAUCCAGCGAACCAUCCUGUCAUUUUAAACUGACCAUCCUACUGACCAUCAACCAGAAACAAAAACACCCUGUUCAUUUUCCUCCAACUGUGAGGACUCAAUACAAUGCUGACCAUAUGAGUUAACAUGCAGAAAACAAGUCUAUAUGCUAGAGGCUUCAUGUUUCCGUCUGAUUUUAUAUCCUGUUCUUCAGUCUUGGACUAGUAGGGGGAUGAUGAGUGAUUGUUUUACCAAGUACUGAUUUUGAAGUUUCAUGAUUUUUAAGUUGUUUUUUUUUUAUUCCAGGAGUUUGAAAGGUUACAUUUGUCGGGGUCAGCUGAAUCCCAGACAGUGCUUGACUGUGAAUUUCACAAGUGCUGCUAGUUUUUAGCUCUCAAUCCCAUAAACAGUGAAUUUUCAGCUCUAACAUGCUUGAUUCUGGCCACCUGGUUAUUACGUUGCAACAAAACAAUGCCUUGGCAGGUGAAACCAUUAUCUAGUCAGUAUAUCUAAUAUCUUUAUUAUAAUAUUCCUACAGCAAUCUCAAAAGAUAAUCCCAGUUCAUUUCUAGACAUUUCCAGUUGUUUUAAGUAUUAGCUAGUUAUAUCUGUAGUAUAUCUGUCUAAAUUGUCUUAUUCCACCAGGCAGAUUGUUCCAAUUCCAUCAAGCAUGAUUUCUUGAAACGUGUAAAGAUGCAUCAACUAUACUUAAGAUAUUUUCACUUAUCAACACAGACUUUUUGUUUGCAGUGUAGGUUCAAAAAGUGCUUUAAUACGCUAACAGGUCUUGAAUUCUGUGGAGGAACGUGUCUCAGAGGCUCUAUUUCUGGACGCUGGAAAUCAAAAUGAUCUUAUGUAUAUAUGUUGUGUUCAGCCUUUGGCUCUGUAGAACAUGUGAUGUUUUAGGACUGGGACUGAAACCCUGUUCCUGCUGUACAGUCUGUUGGAAUGUUGUUUAACUUUAAAACAGCAAGCUGAAAACUUUAUACUGAAGGGAAAACCAGUCUUCGUAAAGAUGAAUGUUCUCCUGCAGGUUUAAUGCACAUUUUCAUUCAUACACACAGACAGAGGGAACAGUGUCAGUUUUACAGUUUACAGAGAGGGAUCGUUCUUGUUUAAAGCAAGUUAAAAUAAGGAAUGCUAUUGUAGGGUAGCUUUUUAUAUCAGUUUCAAAACCUUGUGUAAGGUUAUAGAAUAGACAAAAUAAUAAAUAAAAGGCUUUUCAGUGGUUAAUCAGCACUGACAUUAAAACUAAUCCAAAGCUAAGCUGGAUUGUUUCUGGGAAGCCGUCUCUUAGUGCAGCGAAUGAAGCUCUAUCAUCUGUAUUACUGCUUAGACACUUUUGGAGGACGUCACCUUUGACUCCCAUUCGAUUUCAUGUUACAGGCUUGUGUUUCAACAUCCCUGAAUCCACUGGGAAGCUGAGAAGGGUAACCUGACUAAACAAAAACAGUAUUUGCUGUUUCGUUAAGUCAGUGCUUUAUGUAUGUGAGUGCUGAUACACUCAGUAUGUGUACAGUGUGGAACAUGUGAUGUUCUAUGGAAGUGUGUGGUUGUGCGCGUGCAUGUGUGCGAAUGGGCACAUUAAAUGUGCGUCUGCUCUGUUAAAGCCUGAGAGUCUCCAGGCUGAUCUUAUUUAUCUGUACAGUGUUCAGAUUACAUGAACUGAAUGUUUAGAAAGCGGCCUCAAAGACGAUGUUCUGUUUGAAGUUGUUCCAUUGUUCUUAAAAUAAAUGAUUUGGUGAGUUAA